CUCGCCUGCGGAGCCCGUGAGCAGACCUCCCCCGCCUCCGUCAUGUCUGCAAGAACCAUCGUCAUUGACCACGGCUCUGCCUUUCUGAAGGCUGGCUUGUCGGGCUGGAAUGAGCCACAGCUGGUCUUGCCCAGUGUCGUGAACUACAUCCCCUGCCGGGAGAACCCGGGCCCCAGCUACGCUCGGCGGCGCGUGAGUCUUGGCAUCGACAUUUGCCGACCCGACACCUUCAGCUACCCUGUGCAGCGGGGCCGUGUCAUCAACUGGGAGGGUGUGGAGCACAUCUGGUCGUUUAUCCUGGAGAAGCACCGGCUGGAGCAUGGGGACUUCCCUGUGAUCGUCACAGAGAGCCCCCUCAGGGAGCCCGUGGACCGUCAGAAGACCCUGGAGAUCAUGUUCGAGCUGCUGGAUGUGCCGUCUGUGCUUCUGGCCGACCAGCUGGAGAUGUCGCUGUACUCGUCCGGCCUGCUGACGGGCGUGGUGGUGGACUCAGGCUGCGGCCUGACCCGCGUGCAGCCCUUCCACCUGGGCCGCCCGCUGCGGCCCGGGACGAAGACGCUGGAGUUCGCGGGCCAGGACCUCUCGGCCUAUCUCUUCAAGAGCCUCUUCAAGGAAGAUUACAAUCGCCACAACCUGUUCCAGCUGGACACCGUGGCCAGCACCCAGAUGCAUAAGUGCUACGUGCCGCAGAACCUGGGGGAGGAGCUGGACUUCUAUCAGGGCCUGCCGAGUGGCGCCGAUGAGAGCAACAUCUACCACCUGCCGGACGGCACCGCAGUGGAGCUGACCCCCAUGCAGCGGCUGGCCCCCGAGAUGUUCUUCAGCCCCCAGGUGUUCGACCUGCAGGGGCCCAGCCUAUCCCAGGCCACCAUGGAGUCCAUCGAGGCCUGCGAGGCCAGCCUGUGCCCGCUGCUCGCCUCCCACGUGGUGCCCUGCGGGGGCAACACCCUCUACCCUGGCUUCACCACGCGUCUCUACCAGCUGCUCGACAGCCAUUUCGCCCCCACCAAGGCUUCUGUGUUUGCGGGCUCCAGCAGGCACUUUAGCGUCUGGCUGGGAGCGUCCGUGGUGGCUCACCUGUCAACGUACAAGUCCGAGUGGCUGACGAAGCAGGAGUAUGACGAGAGCUUCAGGAUGUAGCCGGCUGGCCUGCUGCUGCGGCCCAGCUCCCCUCAGAAGGCCGUGGGGGGCUCAUCCCGGCGAGAGGCUGGGCCGGGGUGGGGUUAGCUGGCUUUGGAAUUCAAAGGUCAUGGGAGACUGUUUUAGGCUCUAGGGUUUUAUCUUGUUUCAAGACUGGGAUUCACCCCGUGGGAGGACAGGGUAACCCUUCGAGGGGCUAGUCUGUCACUGGGAUGGAGCGGCCAGCUGCCAUCUCCACGCUUAACAGUUGCUUGUUUUUUCCUGGCAUUUCUCUUGGGUGGUCCCAUUCUUUUGAUUGAGUAGGUUUUAACGGGGGCAAGGGAGAAUUAUUUUUGA